GUUGUCCUUCGGUUGCUAAUGUAAUCAUAACAGCGGCGUUUGUCGAGUUGCAGAUAGACACGGGUGCAGUCCAUUGUUCUCCUGAAAAGAAAAGCGAAAAGAGAGAUAAAGAAUUGGAUCUGGGAGUUGUAGUUGUUUUUUUUUUCUUGGGUCUUGAUCAAGGCUGGCUUCCUGUCUGGCUUCAGCUUGCCCUCAACACUCCAGUUCCGGCGGUGACGCGGGGUCGCGCAGAGGUGAAGGUUGAAGUCACCGAAGAGGCGCGUGAUGAUGCUGCUGCUGCUGCGUACAAGAGCGUGGCUGCGUGGGGGCAGCGCUGUGCUGCGUGGCUGCAGGCUGAUCCACGAGACCCUCCCCUCCUGCAGCCGGAUGGUUCCCAUCGUCAUCGAGCAGACGGGUCGUGGGGAGCGAGCGUAUGAUAUCUACUCACGCCUGCUGAGAGAGAGGAUCAUCUGUGUGAUGGGACCGAUCGAUGAUCACGUUGCCAGUCUGGUGAUCGCUCAGCUUCUCUUCCUGCAGUCGGAGAGCAACAAGAAACCCAUCCACAUGUACAUCAACAGCCCUGGGGGCGUGGUGACGGCAGGGCUGGGCAUCUAUGACACGAUGCAGUACAUCUUGAACCCGAUCUCUACGUGGUGCGUCGGCCAGGCGGCCAGCAUGGGCUCCCUGCUCCUCGCCGCCGGCUCCCCAGGCAUGAGGCACUCGCUGCCCAACUCCAGGAUCAUGAUUCACCAGCCCUCGGGCGGGACCAGGGGCCAGGCCACUGACAUUGCAAUCCAGGCUGAGGAGAUCCUCAAGCUGAAGAAACAGAUCAACGUGAUCUACGCCAAGCACACGAAGCAGCCCCUCGAGGUCAUAGAGGGGGUGAUGGAGCGGGACCGCUACCUGAGCUCCGUGGAGGCGCAGGAUUUCGGGAUCAUCGACAAGGUGCUGGUGCACCCGCCGCACGCAGGAGAGGACGAGCCACAGCUGGUGCAGAAAGAGACGCCCUCGACACCAACAUCAAGCAAACCAGAGCCCUGAGCUGAGAGAGAGAGACAGAGAGACAGAGACAGAGACAGAGAGACACACACACACACACCGACAUCAAGCAAACCAGAGCCCUGAGCUGAGAGAGAGAGACAGAGAGAGAGAGAGAGAGAGAGAGAGAGAGACACAGAGACAGAGAGAGAGACACACACACACACACACACCGACAUCAAGCAAACCAGAGCCCUGAGCUGAGAGAGAGAGACAGAGAGAGAGAGAGAGACACACAGAGACAGAGAGACACACACACACACAUAGAGAUCUGCACGCACACACACACAUCUUCCUUGCUGCCUGACAGCCUGAAGAGACUCUCUCUAUCCUACCCUCUCCCUCUCUCUCUCUCCCACCCUCUUCCUCUCUCUCUAUCCCACCCUCUCCCUCUCUCUCUCUCUCUCUCACCCCCAGAGUGCAACCAAUUCAUUCUCACUGACAGCCCUCCCCCCCCAACCCUCCCCCCUACCCCUACCGCUACCCCUGUGGGAAAACCAGUAAGACCGUGAGUUAAUUAAAGCUGGCAAGCGGCACAGCCGUCCGGCUGGGAGUCAGGGGCUCGUACAAACACAGUUUAGUAAGAGCUGCAUUUCGGAGUUCAGCUUGAUUUUGUUGGUUUAUUUUCAUUUCGUUUGAAGGAACGCUGUUGUAAUAAAUCUACAGGCUCCGUUCUGUUUCCACA